AUGCCUCUUAUCUACGGCCCCGUAGCAACAGCCUCACCCAUGAAAGGUCGCCUACUCAAACUGGUCCCGGGCGUGAGAUGGAUGCCACAUGACAUUCCCGCAGCCGAGGCAUCUGAAUAUCAGCAAAAGCCGCACCGCUCACUCUUCUCGCGGAAGCACCACGAUGCAUCGAGGAAACGGGGAGACAAGGAGGUGGUCCACAGGCGCAAGUCUACCAUUUCGAUCCCCUCCACGCCUGAUCCGGAAUUAGAUGCGCGCACGCAUUUGCAAGGGCAAAGUACCUUUUUCGCGAGCUUGCCAUUGGAGAUCCGGAAAAUGGUCUAUGAAUAUGUCAUGGGAGAAGAGACGAUACAUAUGACAUUGGGCAUGAAGAAAAAGCUGGGACAUUUCAUUUGCGAAGACGAGCAAGCGGAACAAGAUGAAGAAAGCCUGCAAUGCACGUGCAAGGUGCUGGUGGGUGGACGAAGUUGUCGGAAGCUCCACGGACCCCUAGGAAUGUUGAGAGCUUGCCGGAGAAUGUACACUGAAGCGAUUCCACACCUCUACGCACCACAUACUUUCUCGCUUCUACAUGUCACGCAUUUACUCUAUCUACCAAAGCGUGUCCCAUUUCCGCGCCUUGAUACGAUACGUAAACUACGAGUUCGCUGGUCGAUUCGGGCUCUGCCUUACCUUCGUCGCCCAACGGAUCCUAAGCGUUAUGCGUACCCUGAAGACACCACCAAUUGGCAGCAUGGCUGGCGUAUCAUGUCUGAGAUGAAAGGCCUGAGAGAUCUUUAUGUUGUGGUUAGUGAUCCUAGCCCUCAAGCACUGUGGGAGGAUAAAUGGCUCGCUCUGGAAGAUAAGCUGUAUGAAGACAUUGCAAAAGUGAAGCAGGUCAGAUGGGGUGAGGUGUUUCUACCAUACGCAAGCUGCAACAUAGAUGUUCAGUUUGAGGGCUGCGCGAUUGGAUUCAGAAAGCCUGCAGGUGAAGAAGAAGAGGAUGAUGGUUGA